UAAAGACUUGACGACUGGCGGACAGUCAAAAUGAAAACUAACCUUUUUAUUAUCUAUUGGAUUAAGAUUUUAGACAAAAUGGUAAAUAAUAAUUUCUCCAUUUAGCCGAUUGCUUUAGUUUUUAAACGUUUUCUAGAUAAACCGGAUAACAGAAGUGUGUACUUAAAAUAAUAUAAUCGUGUACGUUCAUUUUUAUGUAUGAAAAUAAACUUAUUGUAGAACAUUGUAAAGGAUGAAAUUGAGUGCAUAUCUUUCACUUCUUUUGUGUUUUCUGUUGUUCUAUAAAGUAUCGGGAGAACGGGGGGAUGUACCAGAAAAUGUUCCUGAAAUAAGCAAUGGUGACAAAGAAUUCAUAAAGGUACUACAGACAAUUAUUGGGGAGAGAGUAGAAGAACUUAUUGAAAAGAGGAGCGAGGAACUAUUUCUAAAGCUGGACAGAAAGAUUAAAAACGUAAGCGAAACCAAUAAUCAGAUUAAAGACCUAUUACAUCAACAAGCUCCUACACUACUUCAAUAUACAAGUUUCAACACAUCUUUGAGUUAUAUUCAGAACAAAGAGAGGACAGAAUGUGACAAUUUGAUUAACAAUACGAAAAUAAAAUUAAUAAAUGAGACUGAACACGCUAUCAUUCAAUUUGUAAGUAAAAUACGGUCGUACGUUUCCAAAACUACGACUGCUAUACAGACGGAGGUUUUACGAAGAUAUAAGAAUAUGUCAAGUGAUGUGGAUGCAAUUUCUGCUAGUACUAGUGCGAUCCUUGGUUCUAGAGUAAACCAAAUGGUCCAAAAAAUUUCGAACCUUGAAUUAGAGGUGGAACAAAUGAUAGCUUUCUUUGCAACACUUUCCGAAAAUACUCCUCAGAAUGGUGAGAUAAUUAUAUUCGACAACAUAACAACUAAUUCUGGAAAUGGAUACUCCGCCACAGAAGGAUUAUUUACUGCUCCUAUUGAUGGAUUGUAUAGUAUUCAUUGCUCAUUUCUUGUAGUAAAUGGUUAUAUAAAUGUAGAACUCAUGAGGAACAAUAAUAAAAUAGGAAGAGGAUACGCAGCGGGAGGAAGACAUGAAAAUACUGGUUCCAUAUUUGUUACAACAGAUUUGAAAGAAGGCGACGAAGUAUAUUGCCAUAAACUUCUCAAUUACAGCACAGGAAUAAUUCGCGGAGAUUUGUACACCACUUUUUCUGGAUACAUUUUGAAAUGAAUUUCAUAAAAGCUUAGGUAUGCUUAUCCCAUAUGUUAGAUUUUGUACCCAACAGGAUAUCUAUAUCGUGUGUAUUAUGUCGGGUAUGUACAUAAUCACUUUACAUAAAAUA